GUAGCUGAACUAGUGCCAGGAAUCGAGGGCAGCGUGCGAGUUAGACAUUCAGCCGUCCAGCCAGCCAUCUAGCUUAGCAGCCAUAGACAGGCGCAUGCCGUGAAUUCCCAGCUGACUUGACUCCAUCCGAUCACAACAUUCCUUUAGCACUGUCCGCCUUUAGUAGUGCAUUUUUGUUUUAACUCCCGGUGCAUCUUCUGUUGUACCUUCAUCGAGAUAGAUUUUGAAACACUGUACAUUGUCACUCGUUGAUUGAACCUCGAGACGCAUGUGUGAAUAGGAAAGACGUCUAUCCUCUUUUAUUUUUCUUUGUUCUCGGUGAAAAUUACUGGCUCUCGUUAUCGUCGAGUGACACUGUUGUUUGACGGAAGAUAACAGCUGCUUUUUAACGCAGCUGCCAGGCCUUUCGCUCUCUGCCUAUCCUUUGUUUCUCGAUCUUUUUCUUUUUUGUACUUGACCAUUUUUUUUAUUCCUUUUUCAUUCUUUCUUCGAUAUGUCCCUGUUCUCUGAGUGCUUUCGGAAAAUCGUACGAGGAAAUAAGGAGUGUGAGUUAAAAGGUUAUAAGGUGACGGAUGUGAAUCGAAGAAGAAAGUUCGGAGUGGCCUGUCGCACACUUGAGGAACUCAAACGGAAAGCCUGCGCAAAGCUCAAUAUAACUAAUAAUCUGGCGGAUAUAAGGGUUUACCUACUGGAUGGAUCUGAGCUUGAUGAAGAAUAUUUCAGCACCCUUCAAUCCCAAACAACCUUGAUAUUAAGGAAACCUGGAGAACCAUUGCUUUCCGAUGCGGACAUCCUGUAUGAGGCACUGAGACGCGUCAACGUAGACUUUCUGAAGGUCGGUGACGAGGUUUCCAAAUUUCUUAAGGAAAAUCUCAGGGACAAAGUAGCGCUUCUUAAUAGCAUCCUCAAGAAGGCUGACUCAAGGAGCACCCUUAGUACCAAGGAUGAGGACCCUGACUGGUUUCGGGAGCUUGAGACAAAUGCCGCCACUAAGGAAGCCUAUCUGUACCGAAGAUGUCAGGACCGCAUACGUGGUUACCUUUACAAAACAAUUGAUCAGAUUAAAUCAUCAGAACCGUACAUUAAUGACAGUAUAGCCAAACAAAAUCUUCAUCAUAUGAUAACCUUCUUUAAGAUGCAACUGAAGGAGGACAAUUAUUUUGGAUUUUACUUUGACAGAAGAUAUGCGCGGCCAUUUACGUUGCCAUCUGAGGAAGCAGCUCUAUUGAGGAGCCAAUUCGAUAUUUGCAAUCGACGAGAAAAAAUUGCACGCUUAGACAAGGAAGCUGAAGAGGAUCGUUUUCGUAUAGAUAAAACAGAUGAAAUUAGUGAAGAUGAGAUUGAUGCAAAACGGUCGCGUGACGUCACUCCUCUUGAAAAUUUUGAUGACCGUUGUCCUUACGAGGUGUCACCAUCUGGUGGCCGUGAGCAGGUAGCUCUAUGUGAUUCCAGAGGAGAGUUUAAAUGCGAUGGACGUUGGAAUCUGGAAAGCUGUUCUUAUGAAAAUAAGCACAAAAUAAAUCCUUAUAAUUCACGCGAAGAGUUAAUUUUAUUCUCCACGUGGAAUUUGGAUCACAAAAUCGAAAGAUCAAGAACGAUCAUACCGAGUUUAUUGAAAAUCUCCGAAAAGGAUACCCUCAACAAGAACGAGGUUAUGGAGUUUUAUGAAAAUCUUUUCACCGUGAAGAAUCUCAGACUGGUCCAUAUCGUAUGCCAUGAUAAAACAACGCACAAGUGAAUUGAAUAUCUCAAUUAUUGAUGACUAAAAUGAAAUUAAGAAUUUUUAAAUUUAUCUCCAGGAUCAACAGGUCGUAUUGACUCGCCACAGAUACGUAAAAAUAAUUAGUAAGCAUUAGUAUAAUGUUACAGGGGACUAUACAUAGAUACAUAGAGAGGACGUUGUUGGUAAUAUAUAUCAUUAGAAAUUGUUAUAACGUUAAUUCGUUAAAAAUCACUGGGUGAGAUUUGCCUCUAACUACGGUGCCGAGUGAACCUAAAAAUCUAUUAGAAAAAAUAUUAUUCAAUUGUCUCGUCCCAUUCAACCAAAACGAUUUAGAACUAGAAACUAGAUUUAGCUACAAAAACACGUCGUGAUAACCUGUGAAAAAUAUCACGUUAGGUGGACAGCUGUUCUACGUAUGGGCUAUAAAUUUCUUAAAAAGAAAAAAAAGGGGAACCCGUAUGCAGAGUGUAGUGAAGUACGUCCAUUCUAAAAUGCAUUCUAGGAUUUGAAAGUUCUCAAGAGUCUUUCUAGAAGAGUCUAUAUUAUCAUUUCAAAUUUAAUAAGCUUAUCAGACUCUUGUAAUUAUAUACAUGACAUACAUAUAAUAUAUACUUACAUAUAAAAUUUAAUCUGACUGCUGAAGAAACAAAGUUCUGAUACGUACUUAUAAAUAAUUCAAAGACGUCUAGUAGAAUUUCGACAAUAGAAUCAAAAAAGAAAAUGGUGCUUCUAAUGGGUGAUACAAAUAAAAACAUGGCGCCCGAUUUAUAUAUAUAAAUGAAAUACAGUGUGCACAAAUAAACAUCUCUUAGUGCAUGGAUAACAGGAAAUUUGUAAAGUCUAAGGGAUUAAAAUUUAAAAAUCUGUUACUAAAAAGGAGAAAAGUCUUGUUUACUCCUGGUCUUAAAAGUCUUAUAUGAAAAUACGGACGACCAUAGCACUGGAAAUAGUUUAGCAUUAUCGAAUAAGAAGUCAAAUGAGAAAUUCGUGGACGAGAAUUCUCUUUGCUAUUUUCUUCCUAACGGCAGGACGACCACGUGUGACAGCGUGCGUCAGCCAAAAUAUAAAUGUCGUACAGGGUGCAUCAUUGCUUAAAAUCGUUAGCCUCGACCAAUGAACGUCCCGGCAGUUUCCAUGAAUGCAACAAUGUUUAUUAGAACAGUUAUUAAUAGAACAUAUAGGAUGAUCUUUAUAUUUAUCCCUUGUACGUCCUUUGAGUACGUAUUUCUUAAGGCGCGAACGCAUAUCGCGACCGACUGAAUGUUAAUUGGCUCAAUGUUGAAUAUAAGAGAGCGGUCGCUUUGUGGGGGACACUUAAUGCUCCUUCGUGAAUACGCUACGUGCGUGGGGCAGCUUAAUGGUACCAGUUAACGUUAACAGUCUGAGCCAAUUACUAAUCAGCGACAUUUCAUCACAACGACUAGUAUUCACUGUCGCUCAAUAUACAAUACACCCAAUUAGCCAUAGAGAGAUUACAGAUACUUAAUCACGGAAUUUAAUUCGCGUUAUUAAAAUGUCCUUUCUACAAAGUUUUAAAAUUUUUUCCCAAAACAAGGCCUAAAAUUAUUAUAAAUAUUCUCACCGCCGGAUCCAGUAGUAAAACUAUAAUUUCCCCCAAAAAAAUGGAAGUUCGAAUUCGCUCCAUGAGGCUAACGGUUUGAUGAAAAAAAUGCAGUGCUUUUCCGUAGACGAUAUUGUAUUUUUUCAAUGUACAAAAAAAAAACGUGUAAUCACUUUAGAAAAAUAUAUUUUAGGUACUUGGAGGAAAAAAAAAAAGAAAAAUAAAAUAAAUAAAAAUUCCUGUUUAUUUUGGUCUGCA